GUUUUAAAGACAAGAAAUUUUCAAAAUAAAUUGUUAAUAUAUUAAAUUACUGUUAUAAUGGAUUCAUAUAUAAUGCAGGUCAGACGUAUGUGGUUAAACCAGGAUGGUGAUGCUUUAGCGGAUUUGUUGUCUUUACGACAUAGUCAUGUUUCUAUUCCACAAAUUGCAUCUGAAACUGCAAUGACAAAAGCAAUGGAACAUUUGUCUGCUCCUCUUGACGACUUAGUACUUUACCACUUAAAAACUAUAGCAGCUAUGAAUAAAGAUGAUCCAUUGUCUAUGUAUAAUUAUCAAAGUUCUGCAGUUCAAUCUUUAACAAAAAUCCUUCAAAUGCAAAAGGAAGAAAAUUGGAUGCUUCCUGUUAUGAAUGUAAUGUGUUUAGAAUUAAGACUAUUAGCAGUGUGUGCUGAAAAUACAAAAACCAAUAAAAAUAUGAAACCUGGAGAAAUCUUAGAAAAAUGUGCAGAUUGUCUGAUGGGUUGUUUUCGAGUAUGUGCUUGUGACAAUCGCAGUUCAGAGGAUGAUACAAAGCGAUGGGGAAUGCUGGCAUUGGUUAACCAAUUAUUAAAAAUUUAUUUUAGAAUUAAUAAACUGCAUCUAUGCAGACCCUUAAUAAGGGCAAUAGAAUCAUCCCCAUACAAAGCACAUUUUGCAUUAGCACAACAAAUUACUUAUAAGUUCUUUGUGGGCCGCAAAGCAAUGUUUGAUAGUGAUUAUAAAGCUGCUGAUAAAUAUCUUACUUAUGCAUUUGAACACUGUCACAAGCAAUCUUCAAAAAAUAAGCGUUUAAUUCUAACUUAUCUUGUGCCAGUAAAAAUGUUAUUAGGUUAUAUGCCUAAACAUAGUUUAUUACAAAAAUAUAACCUAAUGGAAUUUGGCGAAUUAAUGGAAGCCGUUAAAAAAGGAGAUUUGCGGAAUCUUGAAAAAGUGAUGGAAAAACAUGAAUCAUUUUUUAUAGGAGCUGGAAUAUAUUUAAUUGUAGAAAAGUUAAAAAUAAUAGCUUAUAGAAAUUUAUUUAAAAAAGUAUAUUUAGUAUUAAAUAUACACCAGAUUCCUGUUCAGGAUUUGCUUUCAGCUUUAGAAAUGCAUGGGAUUGAUGAAGUGGAUAUGGAUGAAGUAGAAUGCAUUGUUGCAAAUUUAAUAUAUGAAGGAAAAAUUAAGGGCUACAUAUCUCAUCAGCAUAAAAAAUUAGUCAUUUCUAAGCAAAACCCUUUUCCUCGACUUUCUACAAUACCAUAA